UAUACAUUAUUUUAUAACGAUUAUCGCUCUUUGAUUGGAUAAGAAAAAUUUUGUCCGGAUAUUGUCGUUCAGAAUAAUGCACAGAAUUCACAUGAAAUAUAUCUGUAAAUUGUAGCUACUUUUUAUUGGUUAUAAUUUUCACUUGUGUGAAAUAACUCGUAGGACGUGUUUGUGUAUCUUAUUUAUGAUGUAUCUUUGUUACAUACGUGUGUGUUUUACUAACUAUAGUACAAGUGACAAAUUAGUGUGGAUUAAAUCUAUAGGAGACGAAUUAUUAACUUGAAAGGUUGCAAACUAACCGUCACAACGGGGAUCGAACAGUCAGCCAUGUCCGUCUCUCAGAUGGAGAAGAAUUUGUUCAACUUAAAGUUCGCUGUAAAGGAAUUAGAAAGAAAUUCCAAAAAAUGCGAGAAAGAAGAGAAAAUAGAAAAGGCCAAGGUAAAAAAAGCUAUACAGAAGGGAAAUAUGGAAGGAGCAAGAAUACACGCUGAAAAUGCAAUUAGACAAAAGAAUCAAGCUUUAAAUUAUUUACGUAUGAGUGCUAGAGUUGAUGCUGUUGCAAGUAGGGUACAAACAGCGUUGACUACUAGAAAGGUUACACAAUCUAUGGCUGGUGUAGUCAAAGCAAUGGAUGCUGCAAUGAAGUCAAUGAAUUUGGAAAAGAUAUCAGGUUUAAUGGACAAAUUUGAAAGUCAAUUUGAAGAUUUGGAUGUUCAAAGUUCAUACAUGGAAAAUGCUAUGUCGCAAACAACAACAACAAAUGUACCACAAAAUGAUGUUGAUACAUUAAUGCAACAAGUAGCAGAUGAAGCUGGUCUUGAAUUAAACAUGGAACUGCCACCUGGACAAUUAGGAAGUAUUGGUACUUCUACAGCUGUAAGUCAGGAACAGGACGAACUUACACAACGGUUGGCACGCUUAAGAGAAUAAUAUUAACUUAUUUGUGUAAUAAAAAUGUUAUAUAUCUACAGCUUAAAUGAAACAGAUACUUCUAAAAUUGA